AUGACACUAACAACGCUCCAGGACAAUGCCGAGCUGGCCAAAUUUAGGAGAACGUCUCCACUGAAGACCCUACCCGCGCCCCCGCCUCUGGAGGACGUACAAGACGACAAGCAGGAACUGGCCCACAGCCCUAAAAACGGCCCGCAUACUUAA